AGGCAAACCAGGAUCACAUGAGCACAGAUCUGUUUACAAACUGAAACAGUGCGGCCAGGAAAGACGCAGGAGCCUUUUGCUGGAGAAUAGAUCACUGGCCGGCCUCAUUAUCACAACAUCUUUUGACCUCAGAUGGUGGCGCUUUGGCCUCAGAUUGUUGAUGAGUUAAGGGAACGAUUGGGUUUUUUUUGUUGUCGAUGGAAGGAUUGAGAAAGCAGAUGGUUUUAGGUGGAGAAAGAAAAUACUCCCCCACACACACUCGAUGGUGGUGAAAAUAUGAUUCUCAUCUGAAAGGGCCUGAUAAAGAAGACAGAUCGAGGGCCACGUCAAGGAAAUAAGUCUGGAAUAGCAUAUGAGGGACGACAAAGACAAUAGAUGGAGUGGAAUUUUGUUGGACGGAUGGAUGUUUAGGACAUCAUCGAAGAAUUCGUGAACUUUUUGUGUGUAUGACAGCACAAAAACAUCAAGUGCCACGUACGGAGUCGUUGUCAAUGACGAGACGAAUAUCAAGGGCACAUUAUGCUGCCUUUGUCUUUGUAACAAAGCACCUUGUGCAUAUUCACAUCGGCGGAGCCAAAGAGUGAUUGAAAUCUUUUGUUCUUCGAUGCUGACAUCAUAAAAGUAGGAUGAAUGGAGGAAUAAUUGAACUAUAAUCAAGCCAAGCGCACCCUGUCAUUUGAAGAGCUGCCUUUUAGAACCGUCUGACCUACGGGAAGAGCGCUGAGGCAAGAAAGUCGAGCUGGAAUCAGGCUUUUAGGUUGAGUUUUCCAGCCCCCGCAUUGCCUGUUCCAGACAAGCAGUGAGUUUGCAGCAGCAGUGCUUGGAGUCAGAUUACAUGCAACCAUUCCAAUGGUGUAACGGCUGCCUCUGUGGUCUAGGGCUGCAGCAUUCAGACUGUGAUAUGACGGAGGAAGACAUCUACCGUCUGCCGCUCAAUGUCUACGUCAUUGUACUGGGCAUAGGCAUGUUCAUCUUCAUGCUCAGUGUAAUCUUCUGCUGCUAUCUGUUCAGGUUGAAACAGCAAGGCACAAGGGAGCAGUACAGCUACAAUGAGGUGGUGUUGAAAGGUGCAGGAAAGAAGCUGAGCCUGUUGGGACAGCCCUGUGCCGUGUGUCUAGAGGAGUUCAAGACGAGAGAUGAGCUGGGCGUCUGCCCGUGUUCACACACCUUCCAUAAGAAGUGCCUGCUGAAGUGGCUGGAGAUCCGCAGCGUCUGCCCUAUGUGCAAUAAACCCAUCAUGCGUCUACAAAACCCCGACGCACCGCGAGGAGCAGAGGGGCUUCAGGACCCCGAGGAGGUGUGAACCCACAAACUGUACGGCCCAACAAGGCCACAUUAAAAACGCCCUCUAGUUCUGCAAUCGCUGGAACAAAUCACAAGACCUGCCAAGGCUCCCCGUAGCCACCAAUAAUAUGCACCUCCAACAAAACGGCGGACCCGGAGAACGCCAGAAAAACCAGGACGCCAGCGCUCAGCCUCCACUAGUGAAUCAGUACCAUAUCGCCAGUACCCAAAUAUACCAGUAAUCUCCUAUAUAUCGUGCCACACACUAUACUUUAAUAGUAGUUUCGUGCUGAGGUUUUAAAACGACACACACACACACACACACACCGUGCAUGCUGGGUAACGGACGUCAAAAACGUGAGGUAAACGUCUCAGGAGAUCCAACCAGGCAACAAAAGAAAACAUUUCGGUAAUUAAACACCUGUGCUGUCCAUGAACGGCCUUGUAUAUGUGAUAAUAGGGUGUAGGUGUAACUUUAGUGCACUAUCUGUUCGACUGGUACUACAGGUCUUCAUUAGGGGUAGUUCAUAAAAGAAAAAAACUUAAAUGUGCUAUUAAUUUACUCACCCUCGGGUCAUGAGAGUUGUGUUUUGUUCUCCAGAAGAAUGUUUUUAGUUGAAACCGCGGUCUGAGGUCAUUCAUGAAAUGAAGUCAACGGCAACCAUCACUAUGAUGAGAGAUGAAAAAAGGUAAACCAAAGCAGGUUAAUACCUGCGGCUUCUGCCCUGAUGAUACGAAGCGAAAUCCACGGGCUGUGCAAGAAAAUGAACAUUACUAACAACAACAUUAAUCCACCUCGUGUAAAUGGAGAUCCUAUUUGAUUCGUCGUACUGGUUCUGUUGGACUGAUUCAGUUCGUCAUCUAUGGAGCUAAUAACAUGCCAAAACAAUCUGAAUUUGGAUUGUGUUCAUUUGAGUAAUUGACAAUUGUAGUUUAAUAAAUCUGAAUGUGUACAUGCCAUUAAAAUUUUUUUGAGUUUCUUAAAUUGAAUUUUAUAAUUUAAACGUCAUAACUUGGAAUAUUGAACAUCUGAAAUUUAAGACAACUGAAUUUUUCAAGGCUGAUUUUUUAGACGCAUUUUCAAACUUCAGACUUUGUGUUCUGAAUUCACAGAUAUCCAGUUUGUAAAAAUACAGUUUCAAAUUUACAAGAUGAAGAAAUUAAGAACAUCAAAUUCAAUAUUCUAAAAUUCUAAACCAGAAAUUCAGAUUCAGCAGAGAGUAGGGCUGUUUCUAAAUUCCAAGAAUGCAAAGAACAGACUUGCGUUCUUGUGAAGAUCAGUCUUGCCAGGUCACCUCGGAAGAACGAGCUCUGGAGACCACAAGAACAGCGAACGCAUCCUCUGAGAAAUGAGAUGGUGUGUUCUUCCUGAUGGUCACAUGACCUUCACACGUUUUUAAUGGAAAAUAUUUAUACAUUACAGCAUUCAAUCAACAAUUUAUUAUUUUUCCCCUUUUCAAAAUAUCUACUCUGCAUAAAGACUUUACAGAUAUGUUGCACAAUGUAAAUAAAACAGAUUUUAAUACAAAUUUCAGAAAAUUAAAACCCUUAAUGUGUUCAUUCCUUUAAUAAAAUUUUCAUGGUGAUGUUUACUUUCACCGUUUCAUUUAGGGAAAUUCCUAAGAUAAAUAAGUUAUAUCUCUGAACUUUAUUAAUCUAUAUAAAAAGCUGCGCUUCCCACCUUCAGUGGCAAUGACUACUGGGACUUCUCGAGCGAGUUAAGAGCUCAAGUCUGCAUCGGUGCGUCCUCGAUAUCGAGAACACAUCCGGAAAGUUUUACGCUUCCUCCAUUCUUGCAGUUUUGAGUGUUGAAACUGAACUUUGGCAGCUGAUGAUGACAUUACAUGAAGACGCAAGACCGCUUAAGAAUGCAUAUUGAGAAACAGCCUAGGUCAGGGGUGAUCAACAGGGGAGAGUCAAACUAAGCAUUUUGGCCAAUCACUGAGCUGUGCGAGUUUUUAAAUUAAGAAAAUCUGAACAAUUUUUAACAGCAUAUAAAUAUUCAGAUUUAUUAAAUACAAUUGUCAAUAAUCCAAAAUAACACAAUUCAAAUUCAGAUUGUUUUGGCAUAUAAUUAGCUCCAUAGUUAUCGGGCUGUGACAAAACGAGCAAGAUUUCAUAUGAUUAAAUCCCCUAAUAAAAAUAUAAAAUUAGUAUUUUAUACUUAUAAUAACAAUAGUUUUAAAUGCACAAAGCAUAUAAAGUGACUAAGCUAUUCCUCAUCUUACAAUAAAAGUCAAAUUCUGUUUAAGCAUGCGCAGAUUGAAUCAGCGUUGUUUCCUCAGUUCAGACAUGGUUGAAGUAACUGAAGUGCUGAAUACGUUUGCGAUAAACGGCAUCAAAAGAUCCCACACAUCAGUAUUGCGGCUCUUUUCAAAAAGGAAUGACUGUCGAGCGCAUUCAGAUGUGAAAUCUGAUCAAGUAACUUGUAGACCAGUGCUUAUUUAUUCGUAGUUCAGGCUGAUUUAAUGAAGUGCUUCAUCCAGCUCUCUAAAAAGAAUCGGUUCAAAAGAACGAAUCGUUCGCAAACUGAACUGUGUGGUAAUAGUAAUGCUUAGUUUCCUGCAAAGACUGAUCACUUGUAUCAUUUGGAGCCUGGGUAUUAAUUUAGUUUAUACGACUCUCAAAGUGAUAAUUUAGUCACUUUUUAUGAGCCACUAAGUUAGUAUUUUUUAAAUAUAACAUUCUUCUGGAAAGAAAAUGGUCACCAUCUUGAUUGGCUUGAUGGUUAAUAAAUGAACAGCACAGUUUUUGGGGGUGAACUUUCCCUUUGAUGAAGAUCCUGCGUAGUUCUUACAGAAAUAUUCAAUAUAUAACCAGCAGUUCUUAUCCAAUAUUGUGUUCAUUGCUUGAAUUGUUCCUUUUACUUAUUUUGUAUUGUUUGUUUUUAAAUAAAAUGUCAUGUUUUCGUGG